UUUUGCAUUUUCUCAUUUUGAGUGAAUUAUGCAAAUUUGUGGUGCAUAAUUCACACUCUAGCUUAAGUUAACCCCAUAUUCUCAUGUUCAAGAUUGCAUGAUCUCAUUGAUAAAGAAUAACCAAAAUUCAAAAUUAUCCUUUAAAUCUACACAAAACAUAACAUGUUCUGUUUCUGAUUUUGCUAGAUAAAGAGGGUGGACUUAGCGUGGUCAGUUCUUCAUCGAAGGCCUCAUCAAAGGUGAUGGAAGGGAAUGCCAUGAUUGGGGUUGAUAAGGUCCGCGAUGAAGAUAAAUUUGACCCCGGUGCACCUCCUCCGUUUAGGAUAGCGGAGAUUCGAGCUGCCAUUCCUAGCCACUGCUGGGUCAAGAACCCGUGGCGAUCUAUUAGUUAUGUGAUUAGGGAUGUUAUUGUGAUUUUUGGAUUAGCUGCAUUGGCAAAUUUCUUUGACAGUUGGGUUGUUUGGCCAUUUUACUGGGCUGCCCAGGGGACAAUGUUUUGGGCACUGUUUGUUCUUGGUCAUGAUUGUGGCCACGGAAGCUUUUCCGACAACCCUUUGUUGAAUAGUGUUGUUGGACAUCUCCUGCAUUCAUCAAUUCUUGUGCCUUAUCAUGGAUGGAGAAUUAGCCACAGAACUCACCAUCAGAAUCAUGGACAUGUUGAAAAUGAUGAAUCAUGGGUACCGUUGCCUGAGAAGAUAUACAAGACUUUGGAUGAAUCUACCAAAAUCCUAAGAUUUAAAGUUCCAUUCCCCAUGUUUGCAUACCCUAUAUAUUUGUGGACUAGGAGUCCAGGAAAGACAGGUUCUCAUUUCAAUCCCUACAGUGAAUUGUUCCUUCCCGGCGAGAGGAAACAUGUGAUCACUUCAACUGUAUGUUGGACUUUAAUGGUUUCCCUGCUUUUCUACCUAUCCACGGUGUUUGGGUCUUUCCAAAUGCUUAAACUCUAUGGUGUUCCUUACAUGAUUUUUGUUAUGUGGUUGGACACCGUUACUUACUUGCAUCACCAUGGCUACGAACAAAAGCUUCCUUGGUACCGUGGAAAGGAAUGGAGCUACUUAAGGGGAGGGCUAACAACCAUUGAUCGCGAUUAUGGAUGGAUCAACAACAUCCACCAUGACAUUGGCACUCAUGUUGUACAUCACCUCUUCCCUCAAAUCCCACACUACCACUUAAUAGAAGCGACUAAGGCAGCUAAGCCAGUGCUUGGAAAGUACUACCGAGAGCCCAAAAAAUCAGGGCCUAUUCCAUUUCACUUGGUGAGUUAUUUAGUUAGAAGCAUCAAACAAGAUCACUAUGUCAGCGAUACCGGAGAGGUUGUGUACUAUCAGACUGAUCCUAAGUUGUACGGUUUGUCUUCGAGCAAGAUGGAUUGAUGAAUUUCCAAGAAAUAUAUGCCUCAUGGAGAAGAUUGUGGACUCUUUCUCUUAAGAGAGAAGUUUUGAAGAUUUGUACCUUUUAGAAGUCUUGGUUCUGACAUCUUGAUAUGUUUGUAAUUUGUGU